AUGGCUAGCGGAGAUGCUGCGACUAUGGCAGGGGAUGCAGCCGCGGCCGUCCAGGUCACGGCCGCCGAUUUGGAGGCCGCCACACAAGAGUUGGAAGCCCUGCGGGAGCAACUGGAGACGCAGCGGCGCCUGGCGGAGGCCAACCUCAACCCCAAGCGCCCGGACGAGCCCGAGCUGUCGCGGCGGGACAGCAGCAUCAAGAAGAACGCGGCGAUGACUAAGAAGCUGCGGGCCGUCAGUGAGGAAGCUAGGGCGCAGCUGCUGGCCGAAGUCGGGCGCAUCAACAUGAGUAAGUACGUGAGCGAGGCCGUCGCUGCCCUGUCGGAGGCGCCCCCCUCCCGCGCCAACGACGCGGCCGCUGCCGUCCAGGUCGCAUCCGCGCUGCACCAGACGUACCCCGAGUUCGGCGCCGCGCUGGGGGCGGCGCUCGCAAAGGCGGCCGGGGCCCGGCAGGCGGGAGAGGACGAGCGCACGGCCCUGAAGCGCCAGCGCGCGGCGCUGCGUCUCCUGGGGGAGCUGCAGGCGGCGCGCGUGGUGGUGGACGCGGCGCCGCUGCUGGGGGUUGUGCGGGACCUGGUGGGUCCGCCUGGGGCCCGCGGGUCCGCCAAGGGUUGGUGA